AUUAAACCUCAAACUUCCCUCAGUGGUUCACAGGAUAUUUAGCUUUAUCUUCACCUUCAUCUUCCAUACCAAAAAUGGCGGCGAAGGAGGAAGAUGAGCAAAGAGUACGCGAAGACGAUGAGCCUCAAAUCAGUUACAAGGGAAUCAAAGUUAUGCCUUUCAUCAUAGGAAAUGAGGCAUUUGAGAAGCUUGGAACAUUUGGAAUGAUGUCAAAUUUGUUGGUGUACCUGACAACUGUGUUUAAUAUGCCGAGUAUCACGGCCACCACUCUCCUCAACGUAUUCGAUGGCAGCAUCAAUUUCGCCACCUUGUUGGGCGCCUUCCUUUGUGAUACCUACUUCGGUCGCCACCUUACCUUGGGUUUUGCUUGCAUUGCAUCCUUCACUGGUUUGUUUUUAGUUGAUCUAACUGCGGUGUUCAAACAACUUCAUCCUCCUGAAUGUGGAUCAAAACAGGAAUCCGGGAAGAGAGGGAUAACGAGCUUCUUCAAUUGGUAUUUAUUCGCUGUGGUAUUUGCACAGAUGGUGUCGCUUACUGUUGUGGUUUACAUUCAAUCAGACCUGAGUUGGCCCAUUGGCCUAGCGAUUCCGGUGAUCUUCAUGUUCAUCUCUUGUGUUUUGUUCUUCAGUGGUAAUAAAAUGUAUGUGAAAGUAAAGCCUGAUGGUAGUCCCUUCACAAGCAUGGCGAGGGUUCUGGUGGUAGCCGUGAAAAAGCGACGGUUGAAACUACCGGAACAACCGCAGUUGUCUCUUUACAGUUAUACACCACCGAAGUCGAUUAAUUUAGCUCUACCUUAUUCGAACAAAUAUAGAUUUCUUAACAAGGCAGCAAUCGUGACACCCAAAGAUAGAUUCAACCCAGAUGGGUCGACAUCUGACCCAUGGAACCUAUGCAGCAUCCAACAAGUAGAAGAAUUCAAAUGUGUUAUAAAAGCUGGACCCAUAUGGAUUGGAGUCAUAACAUACUUCAUGGUAAUGAUCCAACAAAUGCAAUAUGCUGUCUUCCAAGCCCUUCAAUCCAACAGACGUUUGUUCAACACCAACAUUCAAAUUCCUGCAGCUUCAUACAACAUCUUCACAAUGCUCACUAUUGUCAUAUUUGUACCUAUAUACGAUCGUCUCAUUGUCCCCCAACUGCGUCGUAUCACAGUUUCAGCUUUGGUGGAAGAGAAAAGGAGGAAUCUUGCCUUUACGGAACCAACUUUAGGGUACCAACCCCACAGAGGGGAAAUUUCAUCGAUGUCAGCAUUAUGGCUAAUUCCGCAACUCUGUUUUGCUGGGUUGGCUGAGUCCUUUACUGCAAUAGGUUUACAAGAGUUUUACUAUAGACAAUUUCCGGAGAACAUGAGAAGUGUUGCGGGUGCUUUCUUCUUUAGUGGACUUGCAGUAUCGAGUUACUUAAAUGGUUUGUUGGUGACAAUUAUUCAUCGGACAACCAAAGGGGCUGCCACCGGAAAUUGGUUGCCUGAAGAUCUUAACAAGGGUAGAUUGGACUAUUUCCAUUUUCUAAUGACUUGUAUUGGGAUCAUGAAUCUAGGCUACUUUCUGUUGUUUUCAAGUUGGUAUAGAUACAAAGAAACUAAUUGUUCCCGAGAUGGUGGUGCCAUGAUGGAGAUGGAGAAAAAACUUGAUAAAUCUUUGGUUUGA